AUGGGUGAGUCUGUGCAUGUUAUAUCAGCCCAUUUUGUCUUGCACCCUUUAUCAUUAUAAAACCUACAUCAAAUGGAACUCCUCAAUAGAAUCUCCAUGUCUUUUCAGACGCUUUCAGACCUACUUAAUGGCCCAGUCUGGAGAAAUCCUGUGGUGAUAUGCAGGAAUUACACAUUAGGAUUUUACCCAGUUUAUGCUCCUGCUUGAGCUUUAGGAUCUGUCUCACUCUAGUUUUGUAACCAGCAGCUUCCUCAACCUUGCUGUGGCAUGCUUAAUAUCACCUUGCUUCUUAGGGGGUUGCUCUACAUACUAUGUGCUUGCUUUGCAUCCUGUGUGCAUUUUUGGUUCCCUGCAAACAUAUGCUGGCCAUCUAUACCAGUAAAUGAGCAGGUGCAGUGGUAGUGAGAGGUUUCUGGCAAGUUGGAAAAGAUCCCUUAUUUUUCUCCAUUUGGCAAACAGAUGAUUUUAGCUGCUGCAAGGUUAUGCGAGAGAGAGGGGUUAUUUUUAUGUACCUCGAGGCUGCUGCUUAUCAUCCGAACGUACUGAAAUGCUACCUACCGUCUCUCUUAAAUUUAGCUUUGUGAAGAAUGUAAAUUAUACCUUUUGAGAUGUGAGAGCUACAGUUUGUAGUACAGGUGUUGCUAACCUUUUUGGACCAGUGGGCACACCUUGAAUUUUGAGAGAGUGCUGGGUGGCACCAGUCACAAAAUAGGUGCCCUUGGGAGUGUGGCAUACCAUAAAACUAGGUAGCCAUCCCUGACAACGUUAUGCUUACCAUAGGAAGCCAGCUAUGAGUCCUGACUAAGUGUCUGGGAUACCAGUUAAAACCUAAUUUGUGGACACCAGGUUGACAAUCCCUGUUGUAGUGUAUAUGAUUGCUCAAGGUUUUUGCCAAGUUACCUUGAUUUCUGUAUGAAGCUUGUUACAAGUGUGAACAAAGUUCAUGCAUGGUCUCUUUCUGGUGUUUUCCUUUCUUGGGGUUUGUAUUUGCUUCUUUGGCAUUUGUUAUUUCACUGGUAUGUAGUCUACGGGGAAUUUCUCCUGCCGAAGUCCCAGCUGCGCCACCUGGAAAUUCCUGUUUGCUUAACAGGAGCUUGCAGAAGUGAAAACCUCUCUUGGAUUGUGUACACUUUCUUUCUUCCUGAGAAUCAUACACUAAGGAGCUUUUCCCUUUCAGAUGAAACUGCCGAUUGUAUGAAGAUGGAGGCUGGAGACUAUGGGUUAGCUAAUCACACUUCUGUGUUCAAGACUCUUCCUCUACAGCAGAACGCUCUCUCAGGAGAUCAGCUUCCAUUGUCUGGCAACAAGGUUUGAGAAUGAGCUGCUUUUAUUUCUUAGCUGUAUUUAUUUAUUUAUUUAUUACUGUAAUUUUUCCUCCAAAAGUAAUGAGGCUAAUUUUUGCUCUUUGAAUUAUAACACUUGGCUGCAACCUCAACUUCUCAAUGUUGAUUGGUUAGUUGGAAGUGUUGCAGUCUACUGGCUGCUGGAAUGGGGGUGGUGUUCCAUUGUGGUGAAAGCCCAAUCCCCACUCAAGUGGGCAGUAAGAGACCACUGGCAGAAUGUGGUGUUUGGAUUGCUGGCCCCCUUUUAGGAUUGCUUUGCCUUUAACUUGGUUGAUAUCAAUAUAUACCAAAUAGAAUGAAGUUGGGGACAUAUCCAGCUGUUCUAAUGGAGCUUCAGAUAUUUAUCUUCUACAAGUUUGUUGUUAUUAUUAUUAAAAAAAUUAUGCCAUAGAUCUCAGGGCAGUUCACCGUGAGCGUGUGAAGAUGAAUUUGUAUUCAGGGCCACUGGGUUUAUUAUUUCAUACCAUAAAAUAAAGUAAAACUUUCUACUGUCAAUUAGAACUAGACAGCUGCAUAAUUACUAAGUGAGUUGGAAGGGCAGAAGUCAUGUAGAGGUUUUCUAGGAGAUAACAGAAAUCACUGGGUUAAAUAAAGCUGACCAAAAGUCCAGAGGUGGCAUUAUUUUCAAUUUACGAUGGGGUGGAAGGUUCACAGGCUAUGAAGGAUUUGCUCACAAAUUUAUUGACAGCUGCACGAAUUAUUAUAGCUAGGAAGUGGAAGGGCAAGCAGAAUAUAAAAUGGAAGAAUGGUAUAAAGAGAUUUAUAUAGCUAUUAAUUAUAAAUUAACAUGUGCCAUUAACAUAAGACAGGGAAUAUGCAGAAGAAAUGAUUUUGAGGAGAUACAGAGGGUGUAGAAGUUGUACUGUUAAAACGGAAAGGGGUCAAACCAUCGCAAGAGAUGUUGAACUUUUGGGAGGUUGGAUAGUUACAAUGGAAUGGUCUCAGUGGUGGGGUGCACAUUUUUAUUCUUAUUUAUUUAUGAUUAUUACUUUGUCAAAAAAAGAAAUAAGUCAUGUAGAGAAAGAUGUUGAGGUUUAUAAUGUGUCACUAUUUCAUAAUUCCCCUAAGCUUCAAUGUAGGAAGGCUGAAGACAAUCAAAAGGCAUUAUUAUUAGUUGGCCAUAGGUAUGUGAUUAGUUCUGCAGCGUUUCCAAACUUUGAAUGCAGCAUUGUAUCCUAAAUGAGCCAUUCCUUACAUUUGCGUAAUCUUUUUUAGGAUAUUUUCAAGUUGCAAAAUUCUAGAGGUUCUCCAUAUAUUUCAGGUCUAGUUUCACUUAUAACAUUGUGGCUAAUGAUAAUAAGAGUUGCACAGUUCUUCUAUUACGCAUGAAAACACACACACACACACUUCACCCAGACGUGAUCCUUCCUUUGAAUAUAUUCUGAUUUUAUGGCCUCUUUUGUGCAGUUUUCAUCAAACAAGUUUGAUCGUCUGGAGAGGCCUUUUACUUGUCCAACUGGAAAUACUUCCUGCAGUUUCGGCUAUUAUUCAGGUAAGGCGAGGCUGACUUGGGUUCAUUGAAAAACCAAUUCAAAGCUUUUAAAAUAUGUGCUGAUUGUAACACUGCAGUGAAAUUUCCUGCUGCCUUGCUCUAGUUUAUGGUUGAGUCUAAACUUCUACUGUAUAGAGGAAUGCAUUUGACCAAAUGGAUGCCUUAUUUCUACUGAAAUAUUCCUUAAGAACAUAAAGUGUCCUACUGGGUUCUUAUCCAGGUCCAUCUAACCCACCACCCUUUAUUCUUAGGGUGGAAAUCAGCAUUAUGCUAAGUUGAUUGCUCUGUCAGUGCAAGCAUUUCUGCCUGCCAAACGGAAAACCUCCCUCCACAUACUAUACUGGGGGUUUUCUGUUUCACUGAAUCCGAUUCACAAUGGCCAACUAUAUGCCCAAGGGUAGCCUACAAGCCAGACAUUAGUACAGCAGUUCUCCCCCCCCCCCCAGGGAUGUGCCACAGUAACUGAUAUUCAUACAGCCUUUGAUACACAACCAUCAUAACGAGCAGCUACUUAAAGCUUAGCCUUCAUUAAUUUGGCUAACACCUCCCUAAUUAUUAUUAUUAUUAAUUUCUACCCUGCCCAUCUGGCUCGGUUUCCCCAGCCACUCUGGGUGGCUCCCAACAAAAUUAAAAGCAUAAUAAAGCAUCAAACAUUAAAAACGUCCCUAAACAGGGCUGCCUUCAGAUGUCUUCUAAAAGUCAGAUAGUUUAUUUCCUGGACGUCUGAUGGGAGGGCGUUCCACAGGGUGGGCGCCACUACUGAGAAGGCCCUCUGUCUGGUUCCCUGUAACCUCACUUCUCACUUUAAAGCUGUCCAAGUUCCUUUGUAUUCGCUAGAUGCUUCUUGAUUUAGUUUAGUGUCUUGCAGUGAGCAUGUUAAAUUAUAGGACCCUGUUCUGUAUUCUUGGGGCCCAGUCUUAUCCAGAGCAGACUGUGGUCCAGAGGCCAAGUUCAUUUUGCAACGCAGACUAAACUUGGGCUCCGUAAUAAAAGUUGAUGUUACCAGCAAUAAAGAGUUAACAGUUACCGAGUACAUGUGUGUUGCUGUAUUUUACGUGUAUGCAUAACACACUACAAACAUGAUGCAUUUUGUCUCACUUUGAUUUUUCUGCAUAAUAUUAAACUGAAAUGCUUUUGUUUUUGAAAUGUAUGAAUAAACCUGGGAAGACCUUUUACUACAUUUUUGCUUAUAGUUCAGUACAGUCUGGAAUAUGGGCUGCCAGGUGACCAGACCUGGGUUAACCAGUGAUCUCCUCCCGAGUACCAUUUAAUUGGGAUUAUGUUGCCGAAAAUCAUGCAGGUACUCUUAAAAGAACAGGCUGCAGUUCACAACCAGAGCAACUAGCUUGCUAAAUAGUGAGACAGGCUUGUUGCAGUUUUACUGGUGGAAUCUCAUUUGAAACUUCUAUAGCCUUUUUAGUUAAUUGAUACUAACUAGGGAGAUGCAAAUACAUUCCUGGAGCUCCUCUGAAGCCCUGUCAUGCUUGAUACAAUUAGGUUGUUUGUAAGGGAUAACUUGGGAGUGAAUCGGUUGGCUUUUCAUUUAUUGUUCAGUGCUUCUUUCUCACAGGACCUCCAUCCCCUGAGAGGUAUCAGGCAGCAGGAGUGCAAAGACCAUUUGGAACAAGUGCUAAUGGGCAGUGGAGGAAUUGUGAUUCUACUCUGGGUCCUGUUUUACAGAAGCCUAGAGCAAACCGCAGCAUAUAUUUUGAUGCACGCAAAAGUCAAAGGUACAUUUGGUUUCACUAGAUUUUGUUCUGUAUUCAUAAAAUUUAGCAGUGCUUUGGUGGGGUAGUGUAUGGAGUUUAUAUAUUUUGAUUUUCGUAUUGUAAGCAGAAAACUGUGGGGUGGGAAUUCUUAAUGAUAAUGAAAGCCUGCUCCAGAAUAUUCCCCAUCUACUGGAAGAAGAUGGUUUGUCACAGUGAGCCUGAAGUUAUUCUCUUCGAGAGGAGGAGGAAAGCAGUGCUACCUUUUAACUUUUCCAAAGUAUGAGGCAGGGUUGCUGUGGCUUUCUGCUUGGGUUUAUGCAGCAUGGAAAACAAAAAUCUGAAUAGCUUUAUAGUACUGGCUUACUAAUCGAAUACCUUGAACUUUUUCUGCAGUGCGACAUCAAAUUCCUUUGCAGGGAAAUCGAAUCACCAUUGCCAUAUUUCUGCAUUUGAAAAAUCCUUUCCAAUUAAGUCUGUUACUAGUCCAUCAUGGAGUGCUCCAUGCCGUCGGAGCUUACUAAGUCCCAAGAAAUCCCAAAGGAGAUCCAUCAGCACCGCAGAAGAGGUAGGUGAAGGGAAAAAGGAGAGAGAAUAAAGUUUCCUGUGUGAGAGGAGCCUUAUGCUUUGACUUCUCAUGGGUUUUACAGAUUUAUCCCUCCCCCCAAUUGUUUUGUGCUGGGGGUGACAUCUCUCAUAGUGUUUGGCUUAAUUUCCCUAUUACCACAGAAGGGUUUGCUAGACAUGCACACGUCUUUGACUACGUUUGACUGAUCUCUCUGAUCUUGGGUUGUGGGGGAGAUAUGGGCCUAGACUAAGAGGAGUAGAAAAAUCAGGGGUUGAGUAGAUUAAGGGAACUACUUGGGAAAGGAGUCCUUGGAAAGGAAGGAAUAGAUGGAUAAAGGAAAGAGGGGAAGAGAACAUGAGUAGGGAAGAAAGAUAAAUCUACAGAUGUGAAGACAUGCCCUUAGACCAAUUAGUAGGUGUGUCCAAACAAAUAAGCCAAAUCAUACACUAUUAUGUUUUACUGUUCACAGUCUUGCAGUGCUGGGAAGAGGCAUUUUAUUCUUCUCUACGACCCUUUUCUUUGAAAUCUUUAGAGCAUCUGACCCUGAUCUUUGGUUUCUUCUUGCGUAUUGGUGUUUGUGAAUUUUGGAAUUAAGCAGUGUAUUAAAAAAUACAUAAAAAGAAUUUUGCCUCUCAUGAUGUGUGUCUUUGUCACAGAGCCUUAAACCAUUAGGUUUUUUUGUUGGUUUUUCUUUUUAAGUGAAAACCUUUGGUGUCUGGUAGAUAAAUAUGUGGAUUCUUUCUAUACUACAGGAUGUUGGAUGUCUCUGCAGAGCCAAGAUUGAACUGUUUGGCUGGUUGAAAUAUGUAUGUUUAUUUCUCCACAGACAGUUCGAGAGGAAGAAAAAGAGAUUUACAGGCAGCUGAUUCAAAUGGUUACAGGGAAGAAAUGCUCAGUCUCAAAGUCCUCUUCGUUGUUGUCUCUCAACCUGUGAGUCUCUGAAAUACACUGCUAGCUCAUUAUCUUCCUCAUGUUUUCAGUUUGUUGGUGGAAGCCCUGAUCUUUUUUGUUUGUUUGUUUUCAGACCCAGAUGCACAGGUUCCAAUAAAAACCUUGUGAAAGAAGCUGAAAAUCAGAGUAGGAAACCUUUUGAAGCUUAUUGUCCCACCGCAGGCAACCAAUCAUCCGGUGUUCUCAGGACUCAGGAGCAACACUCUCACAAACCACUGCCACAUCCAGUCCAUAAUUUCCCUUCACGUGUUACCUUUGAGGCCAAGGACACCAAUACAGCAGCUCGGCAAAAUAGUGUGUCGGCAUUGGAUGUGCAUGCUGAAGGUGAAAACAAUAGAUAAGAAUUAGACUCUUCUUCCUCCUGCUCAGCCCUUCUUAGUUUUUACUUUCUGAAGAUCAUUAACAGAUUGUUGCAACAUAUUUGUAAGAUGGCCUAUAUGUUUCCUUGCAAUCCAUUCCCAAUCUCGUUUACAUGGAAGUAAUUUCCACAUUCAGAUGGCCUGCAUUCAGGAUUGCAACUUAAGGCAAUUAUUAUUAUUAUUAUUAUUAUUAUUAUUAUCUACAAUCGCGUAAUAAACUGAUAGCUAAACUGAAACCCACAAAACAAAAUGGGAGGAUCUGGAUGGUAUGGAUUUGUUUUAAAGAGGUGCAUUCAUAAAGAUUAAUAUCUAGUAUUGCUUGUUCUUCAUUUAGGAUCUGACUCUGUCAUAAUGCUCAAUGGCCAAGACUUCAAAUCUCCAGCACCAAGGUAAGUGUCUUCCUUGUGCGGACCACAGCUGAGAGCUCCCCUUGAUGCAAAAUAGAGGGGGAAAGGUUCUAACAGAGAAAGUGGUGUUCAAGUCCUAUUGAAAUUGAUAGGACAAGUUAGUUACAUUCACCUUAGCAAGCUCCGUUAGUGGAAGCCCUGUGCAAGGACUUCCACUGGUACAGCAGGGCUUCCCUCUCUCCUUCCUGCACCCCCUUGACUUGGGCGGGGGGCGGGGUCCAGGCAAACCCAUGAAAGGCAAUGGUGGAGAACACGUAGGAUGUUUUGCCUGGUAAGCUAAAAUGCUUGUACAGAAGGAAUGUUCAUCAUAGGGUGAGGUUGAAUUCCACUCAAAACAUUUAUUGCCCAAUGGGACUGUUACAUUACUUUUGUCCCUUCUGGAUUUGGGCCUGUUGGUUUAGCUUUCUAUGUGUUUUGUCUUACCUAAAUUUAUUUCGCCAGUGGGUUUUAACUCUGUUAUUAGAUUGCUCAGAUGACAGCUUGUAGUAGUAGCUUGGCUACUCAGUGAAGAUUCUGAUCAGUCCACAGCUAGAUUGUGGCCCUCUUUGGGCAGAAAUUUUGGGUUUCAAUCCGGCAAAGCAUCUUGACCACUUUUUCUGAUCUGCAACUAUGAUUAUCAUAAGGGGUUUUUUUUUGUUAGUUUGCUUUUCAAUCUGUAACUUCACAAUCACAUUUUGUUUCUGCUUCCAGGCUGUGAAAGUUAGGAGGCAGGAAAUUGCAGGGAUCAGGGUAUUUAUAGAUGCAGAUACUGUGUGUAUAUAACAUUUUAAAUGCUACCACUUUGUAUUAAAGAAGUAUGUAAAGCCAAGGACAAUACUGUAGUAGUAAGGUAAAGGUAAAGGACCCCUGACAGUUAAGUCCAGUCGCGAACGACUCUGGGGUUGUGGCACUCAUCUUGCUUUACUGGCUGAGGGAGCCGACGUUUGUCCGCAAACAGUUUUUCCAGGUCAUGUGGCCAGCAUGACUAAGCCACUUCUGGCGAACCAGAGCAGCGCACGGAAACGCCGUUUACCUUCCCACUGGAGCGGUACCUAUUUACCUACUUGCACUUUGACGUGCAUUCAAACUGCUAGGUUGGCAAGAGCUGGGGAUUCGAACUGCCGAGCUUCCGAUUGGCAAGCCCUAGGCUUAGUGGUUUAGACCAAAGCGUAUCUAAAGCCAUGGACAAUAACGUAGUAGUAAAACACAUCAUAAAACAAUACAAAAGCAGAGCACAGAAAUUCAAUAUAAUAUGCUCUGUAGGUGGCAGUAUGUGCCAAAUGUAUGUUAAUGGGCAGGGAGUUCAUGGGUGAACAAGUAGACUUACUCCCACAGAGUUAGAGAGUAAUAAUAAUAAUAAUAAUAAUAAUAAAUAAUAAUAUUAAUAAAUAAUAAUAAUAAUAAUAAUAAUAAUAAUAAUUUAUUAUUUAUACCCCACCCAUCUAGCUGGGUUUCCCCAGCCACUCUGGGCAGCUUCCAACAAAACACUAAAAUACAAUAACCUAUUAAACAUUAAAAGCUUCCCUAAACAGGGCUGCCUUCAGAUGUCUUCUAAAAGUUUGGUAGUUAUUUUUCGCUUUGACAUCUGGUGUGAGGGCGUUCCACAGGGCGGGCGCCACUACCGAGAAGGCCCUCUGCCUGGUUCCCUGUAACUUGGCUUCUCGCAGUGAGGGAACCGCCAUAAGGCCCUCGGCACUGGACCUCAGGCAGAAUGAUGGAGGUGGAGACGCUCCUUCACGUAUACUGGACCGAGGCCAUUUAGGGCUUUAAAGGUCAGCACCAACACUUUGAAUUGUGCUUGGAAACGUACUGGGAGUGAGUGUGUUUGUGAGAGGGAGAGAUCUUUCUGUCAUUGCUGCUACUGGCUUCUUCUGUAGCCUGUUUGCAGUGCCAUCUUGUGAGAGAUCCCCAGCACUGCAUCCCUGUCUGCACUUUAUUAGGCAAGCCUCAUGGCCGUUCCAACCUUCUCACUCCUCGGGGCUCCCCAGUGCCCCUUUAAGUUGAAAUUUCUCUUCAUUUGAUUGCAGCCUGUACAGCUGGACUGAGCAACCACCAGUCCUCUUUGUCACUUUUCUUCCAAGGAUGGCACUACUGUUCAGUCGAAUUUCAGCUAAAAUAAUCACCUCAGAAGAAUGGGGACUACUAUUUGUCAGAUUGAAAUUAAUGGACAUCCCACACCCUUUUAUCCUGAAGACCCGCUUUUUGAAAUAAAAUUUAUGUAAUUAUUAUUUUUUUGAAAAAGUUUAUUUUAGGGUAUCGUGUGGCCCAUGUCUUCUGCCCACUAACCCAUCAAUAGGAAUAAGGGAUGCAAAUGACGUUGUAGGAACAGGACUUGUCAUGGUGCCUACAUGUCCAUGACCUGCCAACCUUGCGUGACUGCUUCCUUCCUUGAGCAACAGGAGCACAUUUUUAUUUUGUUUGUAGGAGAGGUGCAUGUAUGAACAACAUUAUACGUGCCUACACCUGCAUCACAGUUAAGAACAAUGCUGUAAUAUAGGUUCCUUUCCAAAGAGGCACCAUGGAAUCCAAGAUGCCUAGAUUCUCCUGAAGACCCUAAACACAAAACUUACUUAAAUAGAGCGUUGUCAGUAGACUGACACAUUGAAACUACGAUAUUGGGUUUAGGAUUAAGGACGGGGUAAAAUAUUCACUCUUGCCACCCCAUAGAAAUGGAUGCAUGAGAAUAUAUGUUCUUUCUACUAUUUGGGGCAUGUUCAUAUGUCACACAGUGCUCUAAAACUAACUUUUUAUAUGUAAAAAAAGUCAUAAAAAAUUAUUUCAAGCUGUAUAAACUUGAUAUCAAAAGGCAGGACUUCUGGAUAAAGAAGACAGGGCACCUGCCACUUUUGUAACAAAUAGCCCCUCUAUUCUUCUCAGCUAUUUCCCCACAGAAUAAGCAUUCUCAGAUUGUUGUAUUCUUUUUCUUUCAGCACACCUUUCUUUGAGGCUGAAUUGUGGAUCAAAGAAUUGUAAGUCAUUUUGUUUUUUUAAUAUUAAUGAUUGCGUUUGUUUCAUAUAGUCAUCAUAUCCAGUAUCUCCAAGAGUUUGCCUUCUCUUUAAGCACACAGCUUCCAGGCUGUUGUUGCUGCCUUCCCAACAUGGGUCAAAGCAGCCAUGAUCUGUAGCAAGCACAAUCAGAUAUUGUUGAACUACGACUCUUAUCAGCCCUGACCAUUAGUCAUGUUGGCUGUGGCUGAUGGAAGCUGCUGUCAAAAAACAUGUGGAGAUUGCCAGGUGGAUACCCCUGAACUCCUAUAGGAAACAGCUGUCAAAAGUUUGGAUCUCCCUCCCACCCAUUUUUUGCUAAUGAAAUACUUACCUAAUACAGUGGAUGCUCGGGUUGUGAAUGUGAUCCGUGCGGGAAGCACGUCCGCAACCCACAGCACCGCAUCUGCGCAUGCGUGGGUUGUGUUCCGGCGCUUCUGCGCAUGCGCAAGCACCAAAACCCGGAAGUAAUCCAUUCCGGUACUUUCGGGUUCGGCGCGGUGCGCAACCCAAAAUUGCGCAACCCAAAGCGUCUGUAACCCGAGGUAUGACUAGCUUUCUCCCCCAUGCUUCUUGUCAGUCAGUUUGGAUAUGGUUUUAUUAUUGUUGAAUGCAAGAGAGAAGCUGCUUUUCUACCCCCUUCUAAACAUCAGCAUAGCUCUGGGGAGUAGCCAGGACUACCCCAAGAAUAGCUUGCAGGCCUGGAUUCAUAGAGAAUGCCAGGGUGCAUUGAUUAAUUGACCGUUGCUAGCUGCAAGGAAAUUUAGUUUUGGGGAAAGUCUGGUAGAAUGUAAAUUCCCAAUGUUCAGCUGUAAUAUUUUUUAAAAAAAUUAUUUAAUUAAAACAAGAACACAGUGGAACAUGUGAACCAAAAGCAAAGAGAAACAACAAAACUGAAUGCAAACUAAAAUUAAACAUACAUAAAGCAUAAUUUUGAUUUUUUAAAAAAUUCAUAUUCGCUGGGGGUAAAUGCUGUUGAUAUUGGGAGUAGUAACCUAACUUCACUUGUGACAGGAAGAAUUUUCAUUUCACAUUCUACCCUUUCAUCUUGGUAAUCCGUGCCUUACCAAAGCUGUCCUCAAAGAGAGAGAGAAUAAAGCCCUUCAGGAAGACUAGGCAGCUCUCUGUGGCCUUUGUGACACUUGUGAAUGGUUUCUGCAUAAGUAGAAGGCAAGGGGCCUUCUGUGUAAUCUGGUUGCAUAGUUAAAAUGUACAUAAGAUAGAUCUUCAUAAGGGGUAAAGAUGAGUUUUUACAUUUAAAUCAGAUGCCAGCAAUAAUGAUAGGUAAAGGUAAAGGGACCCCUGACCAUUAGGUCCAGUUGUGGCUGACUCUGGGGUUGUGGUGCUCAUCUCACUUUACUGGCCAAGGGAGCCGGCGUACAGCUUCCGGGUCAUGUGGCCAGCAUGACUAAGCCACUUCUGGUGAACCAGAGCAGCAUGUGGAAACACCGUUUACUUUCCUUCCAGAGCGGUACCUAUUUAUCUACUUGCACUUUGACGUGCUUUCGAACUGCUAGGUUGGCAGGAACAGGGACUGAGCAACGGGAGCUCACCCCGUCACGGGGAUUCGAACCAUCAACCUUCUGAUCAGCAAGUCCUAGGCUCUGUGGUUUAACCCACAGCGCCACCCGUGUCCCAGCAAUAAUGAUACCCAGGGCCAUUUUUUUCUCCUUGGCAAACACAGCUCAGUUCUCUCUUCAUACAAAGGUGCAUGAAGGGGCUGGUGUGCUUGUGCCAACAGGGACUUACUGGCAUCCCAGUUUGGCAGAUGGAGUCAGUCUGACCCAGCCCUCUCCAUCCUUCACUUCAAAGUGGCCCUGCCAUAAAAAUUGAUCAGGAGCCUAAACAAAUGGUCAGAUUGAUUAUAUUUGAAAGUGUCAAUGAUGCAUACGUCCAUUGCUGCUAAUGCUGAAUUCUCAAUCUGCUGCAUACAAAAAUGUUUCUAGAACCAGCGUAUAUGAUUCCCGAGCCCGUGAGAGAUGGCGACAGAUAGAAGAGCAAAAAGCUUUGGCGUUGCAAUUGCAGAAGCAGGUAAGAUGUUCAAAUGCAUUUUGUGUGUGUAUCUAAUAAACAAUCUUGGUUUAUUGAAUGUUCCAUCAGGCUUACAAAUGCUCUUCAUACCAAAUAUUACAAAGAACAAUAAAAAACAAAACUUGGUGCCUGCCCAUAAAUGGAUUAAGGUUUUUUUAAACACAUAUCACAGUUGGGAAGGCUGCCUGAUUUCUCCAGUUACAUGCCUGUUGUUGCUAGUGAUAAUAAUCGCUGAAACACCCAAAAGGCUGUAAGUAAAGAUGGAUAUUUCUCCCCCACCCAAAUUUUAUGACCUGCUUGUCUUGCUUUGAAUUGCAAAUUGAUAAGCAAGAUAUGGACCAAGAUGUGUUCAAAAACCUAUUAAAGCCAAACAAAGUUUUUCUCCAUUAUAUUUUCCACUGGUGAAGUUGGAUUCUAAAUUAAAAUUGCAUGCCUGAAUCAUAUGUGCAAAAAUAAGAUAGACACUGAAGUUGCAAAGUGAGAUGUUGCUAUCUUAGGGAUGUGUCUUUCAGAGGCUGCAGAAACAGGAUUUUUUGGUACCUGAUUCAGUCAACUUACAUUUGCGAGUACCUCUCGAGAAGGAGAUUCCUGUCACGAUUGUGCCAGAAGACAAAAAGUCCACUGAUGGGGAGGAAGAGUUCCCUGAAAUUACAGAGGUAAACAUUUUAAUGUCAAAUGUUAAAAAGCUUGACCGGCUUUGGAGAUAAUCUACAGAAACAGCUGUGGUUAUAUGAUAAAGCUGCUCCUCAGUUGUACUAUUUGAGAUUCUAGUUUGCGGAGAUUGCAUGAAUGCUGUGCUCUAAUAAAAAACAGAACAGAACAUCUCUGCACAUAGAAAAGCAACCAUGGGGAGAAGUGUUCUAGCCUAGCCUGCCCACUUGACAUGCUGGUUUAUGUACAGUGGUUUUUGGAGAAUUGUUUGUGCAGGCUCCUCCUCCUAGCGGGGCCAUCCACAAACCUAGCACUGUUCAGCUAUUAAGACCAUGAUUCCAGGCUCUUACGGGGUCCUUGCCAUGGGAUCACAUUCAUCCAGUGCUUUACCAACUGCACUGGCUCCCAGUGGAGUACAGGGUCAGGUUUAAGGUGCUGGUUUUGACCUUUAAAGCCCUUCACGGCCUACGACCCUCGUACCUACAGGACCGCCUCUCCUGGUAUGCCCCACGGAGCACCUUAAGGUCCACAAAUGACAACACUUUGGAGGUCCCAAGUCACAAGGUGGUUAGAUUGGUCUCAACUAGGGCCAGGUCCUUUUCAGUACCUGCCCCAACUUGGUGGAAUGCUCUGUCACAAGAGACUAGGGCCCUGCGGGACUUGACAUCUUUCCGCAGGGCCUGCAAGACAGAGCUGUUCCACCUGGCCUUUGGUUUGGACUCAGUCUGACUCUUAUGUUUUCCCUCCCCUUACGGUUUUGAUCCAUGGGCUACUUUUAAAAUGAGGCUGCAUUUUAAAUUGCAUUUUAACCUGUAUUUUAAAUUGUCCCCUGCCCCCAUUAUGUUUUUAUUGUAAUUUUACUGGUGUUAGCUGCCCUGAGCCCGGCUCUGGCCAGGGAGGGCGGGGUAUAAAUAAAAUUAUUAUUUAUUUAUUUAUUUAUUUAUUUAUUAUUAUUAUUAUUAUAGCCCUUUCUAUGUAAUGAGACAAAUUUAACUAGUUAUCUCAGGCAAAGCUUUUCAGCUGGAAAAGCCAAAACUACUUGCUGUAUGCAUCUCUCUUUGUUUUCUCUAGGAAAUGGAGAGGGAAAUAAAGAGUGUACUACGAAGCGGGAACCAGGAUGAGGUGCUGAGCGAAGCCUUCCGGUUGACAAUAACUAGGAAAGAUAUUCAGACUCUUAACCACCUCAAUUGGCUCAAUGAUGAGGUAACCUGAUCUUCGCUUUUUGUCCACUGCAGUUGUUUGGUUCUUGUUUAAAAUCUCCAAAUAAACCAAGAAGAGCCUUUCUAGAUCAGACCAAAUCACCGUCUAGUUCGGCAUCAUGUUUCAUAAGGUAGCCAACUGGAAGCCUGCACGCAGCCAGCAAAGAGGACAUGAGAGCCGAAUAGCCUUCUCCUACUUUCCUUCCUCACAUUUGGUAAUUCACAGGCAAACUGCCUUGGAACUUGAAGACAGUAUAAUUAUCAGUCCUCAUAAUUAUCCACUUUUGGCAGAUCAGCUGGUCUUGGAAUGACAGCUCCAACGCACAUCAAGAUCAUGGCCCAUAAUAUCUUGGUCUUGAAACAUAAGUUAGACCAUGGUGUAGAAGGCCACAAUCUGCAUUCAUAAAAUGAGACAGAUUUUUUUGAAAAAGACAAAUCAAUUAGCCUUGUAGCAGUUUGAGGUCAGCAGCCUCACGGGGCACUGCCUGGCACAGCCUCGUGUGCAUGGAUUAUAUAUUUGUCCUUUACUAGACACCCAGUUGCUGUCACCUCCCAUGAUCCCUCUUUCCUCUGAGAACCUGGGCAAAUGGGAAAGGAGGGCACAAAGAAAGAGGGGUGCCGGGGAAGGACUCCUGCUCAUCAUCCCCCCCCCGCCCUGCUUGCAAAUCCCUCCGACCGCCUCCAUUUUGCACCUUCAGCAGCACAUAAUAGGUUCAGAAAUCCUGUGUAACUUACAUUGCAAAAUCAAAUACACUGGGCAGGCUACUAUAUAGGCAUAAUAUUUUAGAGGAUUGAAAGGGUUUUGAAGUACUUGCCAUCUUUAACCUAAUGAAGAAUCCCCCCUCAAAAAAAAAUAUGCAGAUAUCUGCAGGGUUCAUAGCUUGCUAUCUAUCACCAUUUGCUUAAUGAAUAUUUUUUUCCUCUUGAAUGCAAAAAUGCUAUUUUGAAAAAUUCUGUCGUUUCCUAACAUGUAUUCCUCUCCCUCUCAGAUAAUUAACUUCUACAUGAAUAUGCUAAUGGAAAGAAGUAAACAGAGGGGCUUUCCAACGGUUCAUGCAUUCAACACAUUUUUCUUCACCAAGUUAAAAACUGCUGGGUACCAAGCUGUGAAGCGUUGGACUAAAAAAGUGGAUGUAUUUUCUGUUGACAUCCUGCUGGUGCCUAUUCACCUUGGUGUCCACUGGUGCCUAGCAGUGAGUAUAUUUAAGGUUUCGUUUAUUUGUUCCAACCUCUCAUUCUCGCUUCUGCUUCUCUGGAAUGUGCUCCGAACGGCUUCACAAUGGCUCCUCUUUUGUAACGUAUUUGUGAGCUAACAUUUUCAUAGGUAAGCUCAGUGGCUAUAAAGAUCUACAGGCUUAUGGAUAUAUUGAAAACUGCCACAGGACUAUCAUGUUGGCGCAGAGAUCAUCAGUUUUGCUCAGCUACACAAAUGUAGUCAUAUCUUUGUGUGGCUGAGCAAGAUAUUAACUCCUAAAUAGGGAUGGGAGAUAAUAUCAUCCAAAACCAGUUUGAAGUUCACCUUCUGAUAAUUGUUUCGUAAUAUUUGAGCUGGCAAUACAGUGGUACCUCGGUUGUCGAACGUACCAUAUUUUUUGCUCUAUAGGACACACUUUUCCCCCUCCAAAAAUGAAGGGGAAAUGUGUGUGCGUCCUAUGGAGCGAAUGCAGGCUCCUUGGCUUCAGCGAUAGCAACGCGAAGCCUCCAAAGCGCAGAGGGAGAGCUCCCCCCACGCUCUGGAGGCUUCGCGUUGCUUUCGCUGAAGUCCCCGGAGCGCAGGGAACUCCUGCUGAGCUCUGGGAGCUUCAGGCAGCUAUCCGCAAGCCUUUGGAGCGCAGCAGGAGUUCCCGCUGCGCUCCGAAGGCUUGCGGAUAGCCGCCUGGAGAGCGAGAGGGGUCGGUGCACACCAAUCCCUCUUGCUCUCCAGGCUUUGCUUCGCUGGAGAGGCGCUGCACAGUUUUCCUUCUCUGUGCAGCGCCCCUUCAGCGAAGCGGGAGAAGAAAUAGAAGGGGCUCCGUUUCUCCUCCCGCUUCGCUGAAAGGGCGCUGCGCAGAGAGGGGGAGAAUCCCCCCCCCCGUUCUCCCCCUCCUAUGGUGUGUCCUAUGGUCCGGUGCGUCCUAUAGAGCGAAAAAUACGGUAAUCCGUUCCAGAAGACUUCAACUUCCGAAACCUUUGACAACUGAGGCGCAAUGGGUGGUCGGCAAAUUCCACUGAGAAAAUGGAGAAAGGAGCCAUGAGGCCUCGCAGGCUGACACUUACUGUUCCGCUGCCGCCAGGCCUUGCUGCUACUGCUGCCCCCUCCUGUUGCUGCCACGAGGACUCACAGACCGCCACUGAUUGUGCCACCAUUGCCAGGCCUUGCGGAUUGUGGCCGCUACUGCCGACAUGUACCACAGACAUGGCAGGCUGUUUCUGCCACUGCUACUUCUGCCUCCUAGCAGUCCUGCUGGCAGUCCCAGAUUAUUUGUAAUCACCAAGUCUCAUCAGUCUCAUCACUGGAUUGUCCUGAAUACUGCCAUUUGGUAGCCUAGCCCAAAUCCCAAAGUCCUGUUGGGAUGCAUUUUGGCUUGCCUGCUGCUGAAGGUGACCAUGAGGUGAUUGAUAAUAUCAUCAUUUAUCAGUUUUAGACCAUUAAGCAGUAGCAGUUGCCAGGACAGUGUCCUGUUCACUUCUGCGUUAUUCCUUCCUUAUUUCGGAUAUUGUGAUGUAUUGAUAUAUCGCGAUGUUUCAAAAAUGACACAGAAAAUAAGAAAUCAAAAAGACACAAAGUUUAAUAAAGAUUGGAAUAAAUUCAUGGCAUACAUGGAAACAGAGGUAAAAAAAACUAAAAAACACAGUAGGUGUGAUAUAACACUUGUGAUGUAAAAAAUUUUUUUGAGGAAAAGAAACUGCAGAUAGAAAAAUUUUAUAACACAUUCCGAAACCGAGAUGAAGGGAAGUCAGUCAGUGUUGUGUGUUAUGUAGUCAAUGUAGUUAAUUUGUUGUUGUCUUAUGUCAGGAGUAUAAAUAUAUAUUUUUAUAUAUAUAUAUUUUUCUUUAUUUAGUUUUUUUUGGUGUGAAUGUGUUGUGUUUGUCUUUUUUGUUUGUAUGGUGUUAUAAAAUAAAAUGUAUAUUAAAAAAAAAAAAAGAUAUAUCGCGAUGUUUAGCUGGUGAUAUAUUGCAAUAUAGAAACCCAGUUAUCGUCCAGCCCUACUCCUAAAUUAAAGAGAAGUCUAUAUAUCUUUGGUGAAGUUACUUUGGUGAAGGGCUUCAUCUUUUCAAAUUCUUGUUUUCUAUAGAAAACAAGGCUGGAUGUUUUCUAGAAAGUUUUGAGUUGUGAGUGUGUCAGUGGUUUAAUGAGAUAUUCUGUCUUACUUAGGUUAUUGACUUCAGGAAAAAAAGCAUCACCUACUUCGAUUCAAUGGGAGGAACCAACACUGAAGCUUGCAAGAUAUUGUUGUGAGUGUCCCAAUACAUUUAAAUAUAUUCAAGUUUUUCCCAGCCAAAGGUGAAGAGAGCAUGCAAGACCUUCGGGUGGAUAAAAAUUAAUCCUUAUUGCUGAGAUUACAUAAAGAAAUGACUAAAUCAAAAGGGAUAGCUAACAGUAAGCAUGCCCUGGUAACCCAAGGGGCAGAUGUUACAUUCAUUUCUUUGAGGUGUAGCUUCCAACUUUUUUAGAGAGCAGUAACAUAAAUGUUUUUUUCAACUAGACAGACUUGCUGUUGAGCUACAGCCUCUGGGUUCUUAUAAGAAAUUGAUUUAUUUAAAAUAUUUCUACCCUAGCUGUCAGGGAACUGCCAUCGGCUCAGAGGUGAGAGGGGGAGGGGCAGAUGGAUUACAGAGAGCCUCCAAAAAUCGUGGGAAGCAGCACUUCCUCAGCGGAGGAAGGAAGCCCCGCCUCUAGUGGGGACGAGCUGCAGGGCUCAGAGAAUGCAAGAAAGAGCCAGGACACCGUGCCUGAGCAAAGCGGGGAGGAGGGAGGUUCCCCUUUACCCAAGCCUUCCUUGCGCAGUAGGCUUUCGUGCAGAGAGGGGAGCCGUCGGCUGGGGGUCAAGAGACUACUCUGCUGGGGAAAGUUUAAGGACCGCCCACUCUCAGAUUCUGCUAGUGAGUGACAUGGAAUAGAGGCGUUCUGUAUUGCAAAUGUUUUGCACCAAUAAUAAAGCCUUUGAAACCGGUGAGGGACCUUGCCUGAUCGCUCACCGAUAGGCAUAACACUAGCCUUUUACUAAAAAGUGCUCAAGGCAACUUACAAGUUUGAAGUAAAAUGCCAGUUACAACAACAGACUAUAGAAAACCAAACAAUAAUAGAAAGAGAUGCCUUGGAAAUUGGAUCUCUGAGCGUAAUGUAACCCAGUAUUUGAUUGCCCUUUCCAUCUGGAAAAAGAUGCCGGGAAGACUAUAGGAAUAUAGAGUAAAAGGACACAUGCAUCAGAGACUGCAAUAUUUUCAACAGUUGCAAGAGUAUGAAGUUUUCCCUAAAACAAAUCAAGGGUGGGGGGGAAUUAAUCAAGUCUAAGAAUGCAUUGCCUUGUAGCUUUGAAGUGGCAUUGGCCUGGAGAACAAUUUCGAUCUUAAUUGUUGAUCAGAUAUUUUACUGCUGAUUCAGGAAAAUGAAGCAGGCAAUUCAGAAUGAUAAAACUUUGAAAAUAUUUAAAAUAUGCUUUGUGAAUUUUUAGAUACCAGUGCAAACUUGUACACUUUUCAGUAUCCCUGGUAAAAUUAACCUCUAUCUCAGAUACCCUACCAUUUAUGAACAGAGUUCCUGCCUUUAACAUGGAAGUGGCACAAGAUGCACAGGCACCAGGCUUAGGAGCGUUGGGAUGAUUUUAUUAGUUAAGUUUUGUUAGCAGCACUCAUCACAAUGAAAGGGAAAAGAAAUAUAUACACAGCAAAAUGCAUCUUAACACUCGCAACAUACACAGUGUGCUAAAAUGGUUCAAAUUUAUAAUAAAAACAAUCUAACCAGGUUCAUAAAUAGACCAAUAAGAAGCUUCAUAUAGAAUGCCAGUCGAAGUAGUAGGCAACUUAGAAAAUGGCAUAAAGGUAAGUUUUAGCCAUUCAUGUCCUCUUUCGGGUGACGUAAAUAAAAACAAUGAAAUUGGGGGAUGAUGUUAAGAUUGGGUCCCUGAGCAGCAUUUUAUUUAUUCAUUUAUUUAAUUUAUUAGUUGCUUUUUGGCCACAGCAACUCAAAGCAACUUAAAAUAUUUUAAGCAAAAAAGCAAGCAAACACACACAUUAAAACCAGCAUAAAAGAAAACAAAUCUAAAUUAUUAUUUUUUAAGCAUGCCAUCCAUGCAAAAAGGCCAUAGAUAAAUUAAAAGCCAAAGUCCUGAUGGAACCUCCCUGGGGAGAGCAUUCCAGAAGUGGAGGAGCCACCCUUGAAAAAACUGUAUUUGACUACAGUAGCUAAUACAAAUGGAGUCAUUUGAAUUCGUCUGCAUUGUUGCACGACAUUUAGACAAAAAGAGGAGAAAAACCAUAUUAAAAAAUAAGUUAAAACCAUGAUUUAAAUUCCAAAAGCUUAUCAAGUAAUCAAGUGUUCUCCAAAUAGUAAGCAGCUUCUUUAGGUUGGUAUUAUGGGUAAUGUAGAUGGAUUGAGGAUUAAAUCUGUGACCCCAUACAGUCCAGCCCCUCAGGUGCCUGUCUGGCAAUCAUGCAUUUGUGAUUUUGACUGUAAAACCCACACUGGGUGCUCAUCCAAGAGCCUCCGAGCAGCUGCUGAGAAAAUCCUGUUCCUCAGCCUGUCCUCCGCCCGCCCCCAAAAUGGAUAAGAUUUUAAAGAGGCAGACAGUGUCUAUAAGUGGCUCUUUUGCCAUUCAUGUUGGCAGACCUUCUCCAAAGGAAAUCUGCUAACGGUGAAGAGUGAUAUAAAAGCACAGAGGGUUCCCUUGAUUAUACGGGAAAGCCAAAUUAGAUCCCAGAUUUGGUGACACGGUAGCAUGGUUAGAGCAGGAGCCCUGCAAAUUUGACCAGAUGAUGGCUAGCGGCACAGGUAGGGCAAUGGGCAGGGACUCGGCUUCCAGCUGAUUGUCGCCCUUCCUGUAAUUGCUUUUCCCUUUCUAUUUCCUUUCAGGAGGCUUUAAUUGGUUGAAUGCAGUGGGAGGAUCACACCGGGAAGAGGGGACCGAGGUCCUAUUCAUGGUUAGUGACCCUUUCAUGCUUUCAAUCUUUAGAGCUUCCUGAUUUUUGGUGAGUUUUGAAUGAUUUGCUUGCCCCUUUUUAGAAAAGGGAGAGAUUUAUGGGAUGCCAUAAAUCUCCUGUGGCUUAAAAAAAAAUGUAUUUAUCCCAUUUUUCAAAAUCUAGUUAUACUGAGAAAAUGAACCAGAUUCAUACAGAAGGGGACUGAUCCUAGUCAGCAGAAGAAUCGGAACAGAAUUAAUCCUAAUUAUUUAAGGAGUCUCAAUUAUUUAAGGUAGCCAGGCUAGGAAAGAUGUUUUUCUGCCUAAGACCCACCCCCCGGAGAACUACUGCCGAUCAAAGUGGACAAUAUGAGGAUAGACGUAUAAUGUUGUGAUUUGAUAUCAUGCCGCUUCAUAUGUAAAUACAAUUUCUGCCCUUAAUUAGUUACGCCACCCGUGCCUUCUACUGAUGUAGAGAAUUGAGAUGAGGCAUGCUUCGUUAUGUAAAAGCGAAGCAGAAACGAUUAGCCCAUGUUUGCUCAGAAUGAGAUCAGACAUGCACAAGAAGUGAAAUAUGAAGCAGGUGUGUGAGUCCUUUUUAAGUUUCUCUCCUAAUAUACAAAGGAAGAUGCAGAGGGAUGUGUAUACAAGAUAUAGGUACAUCUCUUGCAGAGACCAUCUGUAGUGCUUUGGCAUAUGGCUGGUGUCCUUGUCAUCUUCAAAAUAUUUGUAUGCUGUCCAGCAGAAAAUAUUCCUUGAGGGAAUCCCAACUUCAAAGUUAAGAGGUUGUUGAAACUAUAUAAUCCUAUACAGUGGUACCUCGGGUUACAUACGCUUCAGGUUACAGACUCCGCUAACCCAGAAAAAGUACCUCGGUUUAAGAACUUUGCUUCAGGAUGAGAAUAGAAAUCGCACGACGGCAGCACGAGGCCCCAUUAGCUAAAGUGGUGCUUCAGGUUAAGAACAGUUUCAGGUUAAGAACUGACCUUCCGAACGAAUUAAGUACUUAACCCGAGGUACCACUGUAUAGUUUAUAAAAUUAUAUAAUUAUUAUUUAUAAAACUCUACAAUCCUUUGGCUAGGUUCCCAAAGCACGCCCCCCCCCCCCCGUAUGAUAUAUUUAUGUGCUUUUCUAUCUUGAGAAAUUUCUUACAGGGAAGUUGACAUUUUUCAGAAUAUCAAGUCGAUCCCAAGUAAUACAAAGUCUUAAUUUAAGUGUAUUCAGUUUUAUUUCCAAAUAAUGUUAUUGCUUAUACCUCUGCUGUACCUAAAGAGCUGUCUCUUUCAUGCCUAUUUAGAAAUAUAAAAAGGGAUCACUCAAAUUACCGUAGGCCAACCAAUAUAAUUUGUGGGAAUCCAGUGGAUUUCCCCCCCCUUUGGACCACAGACUCCGAUGCCAUAUCACAGACUGCUUUUGAGACUCUCCUCCGUCUCAGAAGUGGCUUGCUAUACAACAUGGGGGCUGCAGCUCAAGAAAAAGCCCCCAGUCUUGUUGCUUACCCAGGACUAGUUGCAUGAUUCUUGAGCAAAAAACCAUAAGAAUAUGAGAGCUUGAAAAUAUACUAUGAGUGAGAGAUCAGGCUGUGUAGAAGGGAAGGGCCAAUAAGACAGGAGGAAAUUAUUGUGUAUUUUGUGUAAGCAGCUGAGUUUGUUUUUAUACACCAUGGUGACAGUUACAUACAUCUGAAAUAAGAAGCAGUGGGGAGGGGGUUAUGGCUGCAGUCAGGUCUUUCAUCCAACAGGGGAAUGCAUAAGGGGGAAAAACCCACCCAAAGUGAUUGGGAACUUUUUGCUUUAGAAACAAGGUACAAUAUAUUAACAGGAAGAAUGAGCAGCCAUUGAAACUUGCAUAUCAGUGAACUUGCAUAUCAAUAUCUCAAAACAACUGCCUUGGGCCUCAGAUACAUAGAACUGGUGCUAUUAUUAGGCCAUUUCUGACCUACCUCAAUAACCAGAACAUUGUCAUUUCAUUGGAUGAUCAUCUUUAUGGGAUUUAGGGGAAGUGGUAGGAAAAGGGUUUCAGAAAACUACCGUAGCCAAUAGCAAACUAUUGGAAAGCUUAUUCUUUUUAACACUGGGGGAAUGUGGACCUGGUCUGUUGCGGUAUUUAUCCUACUGGGGUUGCUUGACCUCAUGUUAAAUGCUAGACCCAGUAGCUUCUCUUAUCUCAAAGGGGAAGGUUUGAAACUCUCUAGAGGCGCUUGAAAGUAGGAAAUACUUAGCGCAGCUAUAAGAUGUAACCAGGUGAACAGACCUUGUGAGUGUUGUAAAUUAUCAUAUAAAUUUAGCUGAAACUGAUAGUAAGUUGUCCAUCCUUUUCUCAAGGUAAUAAAAUACUUAAUACAGUAUGGGUGUACAUACUGUGGACUGGUUGCAUAACAUUGGUUACUGGUUGUCUGCAAGUCCUUCUCAUGUCUGAAUACAUGUCCAGGGUCAACUUGCCACAUUUUCUUUGCAAAGAGUUUCAUUGUGUUUUGUGAUCCACUCAUAUACGGACCGUUAGUGCAAAUAUUGCUUCGGAUUAGAAAUAAAAUAAAAUACUUGGGUACAGUGAUAAGUGCAAUGCAGAGUUCAUUUUUCAGGGGACUUUCUAUCCAGAAAAGUAGUGCUGUCCUGUGAAUUAAAGUCCAGAAUUGGGCUAGGAGAAGCAAUUCUGAAAUUAAAAGUAACCCCCCCCCCAAUAAUUAAUUACUUAAUUGGGUUUUUAUCCUUUUUUGCUGGUUGUGUACUUGCUAAAAGUGUUUCUUCUUUUCGAUCCUCUGCAGGCAGUACCUAAAGCAGGAAAGCUUGGACAAAAAGCGGAAGGAAUUUGAUACCAAUGGCUGGGUGCAGCAGAGUAAACGGAACCAGGUAUUUGGAUCCUACAUAGCUGACCACAUGAGUGUCUGAAAUGCUCUUAUCCUAUUUCCACUUUCCUAAACUAAUGGUGUGCCUGGCUCUUAAGGUUUUUGAGUGUAACUGUUAGAUCAGGGUGGCCCUGGUGAUACAGCUUGCCAAGCGCUGGCAAAAUUGGGCCCCUUUUCUGUCCACUGCAGCGCUGGGCUGAGAUGCUUCUUUAUUCAGCCCAGCGCUGGGAUGAAGAAAUUGCCUGAUCCUAGCACUGCAGUUAAGCGGUGAGUAUAUAUAAUAUAUACAGAGAGAUAUAAGAGUGUGUGGUCUGUGUAUGAGUUUGGGUAGAGCCUGUGUGUGUGUGUGUGUGAGAGAGAGAGAGAGAGAGAGAAAGCUAGCUGUAUGUAGUGUGGUUGGGUCCAUGUGAGUGGCAUGUGUACCUCAGGCUUGGCCAACCUUGAAUUCUAGCCCUUGGGCCAUAAAAGGUUAGCCGUGCCUGUGUCAAAGAAAAUAAUGUGUACUGUGAGAAAAUGAGAUAGUGUUAUUUGUUUCAUAGAUAGAAAGGUGUGAUGUGCCUCACGCAAUUGUCUGUGAUCGGAGGUUCUAUGUCAUGGUAGGCAAACUAAGGCCCGGGGGCUGGAUCCGGCCCAAUCGCCAUCUCAAUCUGGCCCGCGGGCGGUCCAGGAAUCAGCGUGUUUUUACAUGAGUAGAAUGUGUGCUUUUAUUUAAAAUGCAUCUCUGGGUUAUUUGUGGGGCAUAGGAAUUCGUUCUUCUUUUCUUUUUCAAAAUAUAAUCCGGCCCCCCACUAGGUCUGAGGGACAGUGGACUGGCCCCCUGCUGAAAAAGUUUGCAGACCCCUGUUCUAUGUGCACGGAGUCUCUGGUGCCAGCAGCUUUCCCAACUACUAUUACAGGCACCAACCACAAGAGAGGUCAUGUCCAGCUCUCUUUCCUCCGCACUUGGGACAAAAAGCAGCCAUCAGUCAUCCGUCCCCAUCCCCCUGUCCGUCCGCCGCCCCCCCGCUCCUCAAUAGCACCUCACUUCUGACAGAUAAGACUAUGUCUCCUGAAUAUUUCCCUUCCUGAUCUCACUGCUCUAGCCUUCAGUUGAAAAAGGAAGGGAAAUCAGCCAGUGAUGGAGAACAGGGAAGGGAAACAGUAUGGAGUGACUUCUUUGCCAGAAAAAAGUGGGGAGCAAAUUGCAGCAGUUCUCUCAUUGUCCUGAGCAUGCGGUGAGAAUGGAGCAAGAAUGGGUGCCUCUGAUCAUACGUACCUGUAUAAGCUGUUGGAACUAAGACUACAAGCAUCCAAAGGUCUCUGUACAUGCGCAGUGCCUGUAACAUAUUUCUGUUCCUUUCCUUUUCCUUGUUUGUCAGGAUGGAAGUAUUCCAGUCUUGCUAUCUUGGCUGAAAUACUGACUCAUUUGUUCCCAUUAAUUCUGAAGACUCGCUCAUGCAUGGUGGGGUUCUUUGGGUUUCUUGAACCUUUCAUUACCUUGUGCAGUUUAUAUCAUAAUUAUUUGGUGAAGCUAACAUGAGGUUUUUGUCUUCUAAAUAGAGAGGGCUGGGUUUGUUUGUCUUUUAAAGGAGAUCCCUCAACAGAUGAAUGGAAGUGACUGUGGGAUGUUUGCCUGUAAAUAUGCUGACUGCAUUACCAAAGACAAACCAAUCAAUUUCACUCAGGUAAGUUGGCUCACCUGGCUAGUGGGCACUGCAUUGGUAGAAUGCUAGCUUAUAUUAUUACAGUGCUGUCUUCUAGUCUUAAUAGUGCCCAAAGCAAACCAAUUUUUAACCAAGAAAACCAAAGCUCCGUGGCCAGAAGAAGGAAAAUCCAAGUAGAUAAUUUUCCAUAUAUUUGCUUAUCUCAUGCAAGUCGAAUUGUAAGAUUGUGGGUUUCAAUAACAUUCUGAAUGUAUAGCUUGUAGUAAUUGUUGUAAUAAUUGUGCCACAAGAUAGGGAGCUCAUGUGGGCAGCUGUUUUGCUCCCCAUAGCAAGAUCCUUAAAUUUGGAUUCAGAGCCUUAUGAUAUGGAUAAGCAAGUUAUGCCCUUUAGUAAUUCCAGGACUAUAACCUAUAUUAAAGGUCCACAGCUACCUUUGUGGUGACUUUUCAGUUUUUUGUUACCUUACCACCAGCAUGUUUAAAAAGUAUGGCACAAGAACCUGUUGCGUGAUGGCACUGUGUUAGAAUUAUCUUCAUCUAUUACCUCCGUUGGAGGUCAAAAUUCUCAUUCUGUCAACAGCAGGCCAGGUCUGUGUUGCAGAAUUAGUGCUUGUAGCAAUUGAAAGAAGUGUCACCUAUAUCUGCUCAGGGACAAGCAGAAUUGUGGAUGUGGGGUUAGGAUAGCCAGAUCAAACUGGAAAAGUAACUUUUUAAUGGAUUUUAAGAUCUGGUGGUACUAGCCCUGGUUUUGUGUUUAAAAACAGAUCACUUGGAAUAUAGCUGUCUCAGUAUGAGGCUUGCAGUUUGCCAGUAUAUAUCAAAUGACCUUGUCAUUUGAAGCAAGUAUUGAUGUUGUUGUGUUUCUUUUGUUAAAGCAACAUAUGCCUUACUUCCGAAAAAGGAUGGUCUGGGAGAUCCUACAUCGCAAGCUGCUGUGA